UUUCUGUGUUCUCCGUAGACCCGUGAGCAGGGACGGCCUCGGUAUGCAGAACGACGCCGGCGAGUUUGUGGACCUGUACGUGCCGCGGAAAUGCUCCGCGAGCAACCGCAUCAUUGCUGCCAAGGACCACGCGUCCAUCCAGAUGAAUGUGGCCGAGGUUGACAGGAGUACAGGCCGAUUUAAUGGUCAGUUUAAAACCUACGGCAUCUGCGGGGCCAUUCGCAGGAUGGGCGAGUCAGAUGAUUCUAUUCUCCGAUUGGCUAAGGCUGAUGGAAUUGUCUCAAAGAACUUUUGAGCCAGAAGAAAUCGGGAAUAAUUUGUUAUAAAUAAAAGUGAUAAUAAGUA